AUGGGGGUUGUGGUGAGAAGGUCAUCAUCAAUGGUGGUGAGGCCAUCAGAGCCGGAGCCGACGGCGGCGACGAGCAGCGCCGACGGCACCAUAAAGCUCUCGUCUUUCGACAUGGUUUUCGCCAUGGAGCCGAUCACAGGGUUCCACGUGUUCGAGCAUCCGAUGCGCGAGGCCGCCGAGACCAUAAAGGGAGCGCUGUCCCGAGCGUUGGUCCCCUACUACCCUAUCUCCGGUCGCAUGGUCGUUGCAGGGCCUGGCGGCGACGAGUUCCACAUCCGGUGCAGCGGCGAUGGUGUGGCAGUCGUCGCCGCCUCCGCGAACCGUGCCUUGAAGGACGCCGAGUUCUUCGCCCGAUCGCCUGACACGAGGACGCCGCCGCUGGUGGAGGAGCUCGCCGUCUACUACCCGGCCGAGCGCUGUGGCCUCGCCGACCCGCUGCUGCUGAUGCAGGUGACGGAGUUCUCGUGCGGCGGGUUCGUCGUGGGCGUGACCUGGAACCAUGGCGUCGCCGACGGCGCCGGGAUGGCCCAGUUCUUGAAGGCCGUCGGCGAACUCACGCGCAGGUCGCCGUCGCCGUCCUUUGCUCCGGUCAGAUGGGACGAUUCGCUCCCCAGCCGCCUCUCUCCGCCCACCGUCCAGACCUACAAGCCGUUGGGCCUCGUCUGCCUCGACAUCACCGUCCCCUCGAGCUCCAACGACUGCAUCAGAUCUGAGUUCCCCGAGCACUCCAAUGGCCGCCGUCGGACUUGCACCGUGUUCGAGGCGGUCGCCGCUGUGCUAUGGUGGUGCCGCACUCGCGUGAUCGCCUCCCGCCCGGAUUCUCUGGCUCUGUUCACUGUCACAACUGGUUUUUUAAAAAAAAACGAAUGCAUAACUAUAUGUGUGACAGUAUCAAAUUCCAUACAUAUAGUAACAUCAUAA